UGUUUUUUUUUUUGUGGCGGGGUCAUAUACCUAUAAUACAUUCACACAAAUUAAGAACCAAUAAAAAAAUGAUCACAACAGAGCAUUUUUCUCGCAAUACAACUUAUGUCACUUACUUCUUGGAAAAAUCACAACAUAACAGAAUGUAAUUCUAUAAAGAUGCGGUUUGAUUUUCAUAUUAAGCCAUUUUUGGUCCUAUCUCUUAAAUGUCUUCCUCUUUCUAUAAAUAUCGACUGUAUUUUCUUUCUCUCUGCCUCAUCGCCCCCUUUCAAAACAACUCGUUUUUCCGCCUCCCGUCACUAUCACGUCGCACCCGAAACGACAAGCCUGCUGCGCCUCUUUACAUUUUUUUUUUUUAACCGACUAACUCCUUAGCUACAACACAGGUAAGCAAUUUUUCUUUUCUUUUCUUUUUUUGUCUAUGUAUUUAGAUUUUUCUUUUUUACUCUUCAUUUUCACAACAUGUUUUAAACCGUAAGGGUCACUACAGCAUUGGCGCCAUUCGUAGCACAUGGUCGUUAGCGGUUUUAUUACUAUUUUUUUUUUAACUUUAUGAAGGCUUUUGGGGGAUUAUUAAAAUUACUUCCAUACAAGCUGUUUAAAGCCGCUCAUUUGUUAUUCAUUGCUUCAGGAAACCAGCGACAACUGCAAGCCAUCUGCACACUUCCUGUGCACGCUGACCUUUUUUUCUCUGCACAUACAUACUGUGUGGAACUGGAAGAAGUAACAUGGCUGAUAGUUACAUUUAUUCUAUUUAAAUAUGGAUUUGGGCGGGGGGAAAGAAAGUUUUUGCAGGUCAAUAACGACCCGGAACCUGGUCUGAUUUGAAAUGUGUAGCAUUGUAAAAUUGAAAACAUUUCCAGCGUAGAAAAUAUGUCAAAAUGCUUCAGAUUUCCGCACGGUAUGGCUAGCGGCACCACGAAUAUCAUCCUGAUCUUUUUCAUCUUCGUGGGCCUCGUCGUGUUCAUCAUCCUGUACAGGAAGUUGAACAGGGAGACCAACGGCGAAUACACCUUCCGGCACGUCCUCUAUAAGCAAGGGGGGCUCCGGGACCGACUGAGAAGGGCAGCGGGCGUCUUGGAGACCCGCCUCGGGGUCCAACUGUGGCCCUCCGGCGAUACCAACGAGGACGGGCAAGAAAUGCGGGAUUUUCAGGAGGAGCGGAGGAGGAGUAGUAGAUGCAGCAGCGGGAGCGAAGCCAGUGAAGGUGAAGAUGGCAGCCCACGGGGGUCAGAGGUCAAGGCAAGGAGGGAGAGUGCCACCGAAGAGGAAUCACUGGCGCCGGAUGUGUUUGUCAAUUUGAAUCAGUUCUCUGGGAGUGUCAUGUGGUCUGAUGCGGAUGCCAAACACCCAACACUCGAGCCUCUGAGAGAUACUAGUUUGUAGUUCUUUGUAUUUAAAUGCUUUCAAUAAUGGAAACCGCAUCGAGUUACUUUGUGUAUGAAAUGGGCUAUGCAAAUAAAUUC